AUGUCGUCAGAAAUCACUUACAAUCUUGAACAACCAGACAAGGCCGAAGCGGUACAUGUGGAAAAGGGGCAGAUCAUGGCCCAUGGUCUCAGUGCCGAAGAUGCCCAUUUCCUCGAGACCUACCCAUUGAAGAAGCAAGAAAAGGCAAUCAGGAAAGUUGACUUUCGUCUGAUACCAAUGCUUCUCUUCCUCUACCUCAUCACCUACCUCGACAAGACAAACAUCGGCAACGCCAAGAUCGAAGGGCUAUUGACUGAUCUCCACAUGACUGGAGACCAAUACAAUAUUGCGCUAUCCAUCUUCUUCGUACCCUACAUCCUCGCCGAAGUUCCAAGCAACAUGAUCUUGGAAAAAUUCAAGAGACCUUCAAUGUACAUCGGGAUACUGGUCCUGGGUUGGGGAAUCAUCAUGACAUUGACUGGCCUCGUCCAAAAUUUUGGUGGCCUCUGUGCUGUUAGAGCUUUUCUCGGACUGUUUGAGGCUGGCUUCUUCCCCGGAGCAAUCCUUCUUGUAUCGAAAUGGUACAUGCCCGACGAAACACAAGCUCGUAUCGCUCUACUAUAUUCCUCAGCUGCUUCAGGCGGAGCCUUUUCUGGGUUGCUUGCCUUUGGGAUCUCGAAGAUGAACGGUUAUGCUGGACUCGCCGGAUGGAGAUGGAUUUUUAUCAUCGAAGGACUACUCACGGUAGUGAUGGGAGUGCUCUGCUUUGUGCUACUCAUCGAUACUCCUGCCCUGUCGGGUCGAUGGCUCGAGCCUGACGAGAUUCGAUUCCUGGAACUGCGCCAGGCCGCGCGGCAGAUACAAACUCCCGCCGUCAAGGGAAAGGGGCACUUCAACAAGGACGCACUGAUAGCAGUCAUUUGUGACUGGAAGAUGUACCUCUUGAUCCUCGGCAGCUGGUCCAAUGCCGUGCCCAACUACGCCAUGAAGUUCACAAUGCCGACCAUUGUAAAGUCCAUGGGCUUCACCUCGGCCAAUGCCCAGCUCCUGACCAUUCCGCCCUAUGCGUGCGGCGCCAUAUCCGCGUACGUCAUCUCCGUCCUGGCCGACAAGUGCCGGUGGCGUAUGCCGUUUAUUGUCGGCCCGCAGGUGUUACUGGUUGUUGCCUUUGCCAUUCUCUUCUCCAAGGCGGCAGAGAUUGCCAACAACAUUGCCCUUUGCUACUUUGCCGUCUGCCUCGCCUGUAAUGGCAUGUAUCCCAUCUUCCCGGGCGUCAACGCCUGGAAUAUUGCCAACACUGCUGGCGCCACAAAGCGAGCCAUUAGUAUCGGGUACUUGGUUUGUGCCGGCAAUAUCGGCGGGGUUAUUGGUAGCUACAUCUACAUAGAAAGCGAGGCUCCGAGGUAUCCUACCGGGUACGGCAACUCGCUUGCGUUUGGAUCAGCGGGUAUUCUUGCCAUGCUUGUCUUGGAAUUCUUGCUUUGGACGUCCAACAAGAAGAAUGCUCGCAUGAGCGAGGAAGCCAUUCGGGAGCAAUACAGCGCGGAGCAACUAGAGAAGAUGGGAGAUCGUAGUCCACUCUACAGAUACAGGCUAUAA